ACAAGGAGUACACGAGUGAAAGAAAAAACAGUAAUAUGGCUGUUGUGUUACGGCUCUUUCUACUUGUUUCUGUGUAAUAUAUCUGAAGCCAUUAAUAAUUACUGAAGAUCGACGUUAACUAACAUAAACAGAAUGUCGUCAGUAAAAGUGGCCGUAAGGGUACGUCCCUUUAAUAAUCGCGAAAUAUUACGUGAAGCACAAUGUAUUAUCGAAAUGAAUGGUAAUACCACGACAAUAGCAAACCCAAAGGUUCCACCUAACACAAAAGAAGCUAUAAAGAGCUUCAAUUAUGAUUAUUCUUACCACUCAAUGGAUCCCAAUGAUGAAAAUUACUCGUCUCAAAUAAUGGUGUACAAAGACAUUGGAGAAGAGAUGCUUUUGCAUGCAUUCGAAGGUUACAAUGUAUGUAUAUUUGCUUACGGGCAAACCGGUGCCGGUAAAUCGUACACAAUGAUGGGUAGACAAGAGGAAGGACAAGAGGGUAUUAUACCUCAGAUAUGCAAAGAUUUGUUUCGUAAAAUAGGAAAAAAUUCAAGCGAUACUUUAAAGCACUCGGUUGAAGUUUCAUACAUGGAGAUUUAUUGUGAACGAGUACGUGAUUUAUUGAACCCCAAGAACAAAGGUAAUUUACGUGUACGUGAGCAUCCACUUUUGGGACCUUAUGUUGAAGACUUAUCAAAGUUGGCUGUUAUGUCUUAUGAAGACAUUCAUGAUUUAAUUGACGAGGGUAACAAAGCUCGUACCGUCGCUGCUACAAAUAUGAAUGAAACUUCAUCACGUUCACAUGCAGUGUUUACGAUAUUUUUUACCCAACAAAGAUACGAUCCUACUACGGGAUUGGCUACGGAAAAAGUUAGUAAGAUUUCGCUGGUUGAUUUAGCCGGCAGUGAACGGGCAGACUCUACGGGCGCCAAAGGCACGAGAUUGAAGGAGGGCGCUAAUAUUAAUAAAAGUCUCACGACCCUGGGAAAAGUUAUAAGCGCACUUGCUGAAAUUGCAACAAAAAAGAAGAAAAAGGCGGAAUUUAUUCCCUACCGUGAUUCAGUAUUAACGUGGCUUUUACGUGAAAAUUUAGGCGGCAAUUCAAAAACCGCAAUGAUUGCCGCAGUAAGUCCUGCAGAUAUAAAUUACGACGAGACACUUUCAACUCUCAGAUACGCAGAUCGUGCGAAGCAAAUAGUCUGCAAAGCUGUGGUCAACGAGGACGCAAAUGCAAAACUUAUACGCGAGCUCAAAGAAGAAAUUCAGAAGCUCAGAGAAUUACUUAAACAAGAAGGAAUUGAUUUCCUCGAAGGCCCCGAUGGUAAAAUUUCGUAUGAAAAGAAAGAAUCUAGAGACGAGGGCGCAAUAAUAAAACCUUCGAAACGUGAAGAAGAUCUUAAAGAAGUCAGACAACGACUUCCUUCACACCAGACUGCUGAGGAAGCCGUUGAUCAGCUGCAAGCUUCCGAAAAGUUGAUUGCGGAACUUAACGAAACAUGGGAGGAAAAGUUAAAGAGAACAGAAUCAAUACGUUUACAACGAGAAGCGGUGUUCGCUGAAAUGGGAGUCGCUGUUAAAGAAGAUGGCGUCACUGUUGGUGUAUUUUCUCCUAAGAAAACACCUCACCUUGUUAAUCUUAAUGAAGAUCCGCUCAUGUCUGAAUGCUUAAUUUAUUAUAUAAAAGUUGGAUACACGCGAGUUGGUUCCGCAGAGGCCAACAUACCCCAGGAUAUUCAGCUUUGCGGGCCUCAUAUUUUAAGCGAGCAUUGUAUUUUUGAAAACCACGAGGGGAUUAUCACAUUAAUACCAACUGCUGGCGCUUUAAUUUAUGUUAACGGCCGCGAAGUUACUGAGCCAAUUAUCUUGAAAACGGGAUCCCGUGUUAUCCUAGGUCGCAACCAUGUCUUCAGAUUUAAUCAUCCUGAUCAAGUGAGGGUGAGGCGCGAAAAAAAUUCACCCGCAGAAACACCAGGAAAUGUCGAGACAGUAGACUGGAAUUUCGCACAAAUAGAAUUACUCGAAAAACAAGGAAUUGAUUUGAAAGUUGAAAUGGAAAAACGUUUAUUGGUACUCGAGGAACAGUUUCGUAAAGAAAAAGAAACAGCUGACCAAUUGUUUGAAGAGGAGCGUAAGAAAUUCGAAGCACGGAUCGACGCGUUACAGAAACAAGUGGAAGAACAAAGCAUGACAAUGUCAAUGUACAGUAGCUACACACCCGAGGACUUUAAUAAUAUUGAAGAAGACAUUUUCGUCAACCCAUUGUUUGACGCAGAGAGCAAUUGGAACGAGCGUGAAUUCCAACUUGCUGGUUGGGCCUUUCGUAAAUGGAAGUAUCAUCAAUUCACAAGCUUACGCGAUGAUUUGUGGGGCAAUGCAAUAUUUCUCAAAGAAGCUAACGCUAUUUCUGUCGAGCUUAAGAAGAAGGUUCAAUUUCAAUUUACUCUACUAACAGACACUCUGUACUCGCCUCUACCUCCCGAUUUGCUGCCAACGGACGACGAAGAAGACGAAGAACGUCCAUUCCCCCGAACAAUUGUCGCCGUCGAAGUUCAAGAUACCAAAAAUGGCGCGACUCAUUACUGGACUCUGGAUAAACUUCGACAGCGCUUGGAAUUGAUGCGUCACGUGUACAAUGAAGAUGUAGGCAUAGACCUGUUUCCCGACACUCUACCAGCGGAGGAUGAUAUAUUCCAUUUGUAUACGAGGUUCUCGCUCGCAAAUCUUUUGCCUUCGAGACAACGUCUCGAACUGAUGCGCGAAAUGUAUCACAAUGAGGCCGAACUAUCGCCAACAUCACCGGAUUACAAUAUCGAGAGUAUAACCGGCGGUGAUCCAUUUUAUGACCGAUUUCCCUGGUUCCGCAUGGUCGGACGCUCAUUUAUUUACUUGAGUAAUCUGAUGUACCCGGUGCCGCUCAUACACAAGGUGGCGAUUGUCAACGAGAAAGGGGACGUCAAAGGUUAUCUGCGUGUUGCCGUUCAAGCUGUUAUUGAAGCGGAAAACAGUGAAUACUCAAGCGGGGUACGUCAGUCAGCUCGUAUAUCAUUCGACGAUGACUUAUUUGGCAGCAACAACCAGCGCCAUGGCAAGCGCGCAGCGUUGACUUCAAAUAUGGAGAAGAGCCAGCAGAUGAUAAUGCCUGAGGAACGCGUGGUAGAGGGUCAGACUGACGGAAAAGAGCAUAUUAAAGAUGAAGAAGAAGUCUGCGAUGGGGACAGUGGUCGCGGUGACAGUUCCGUCGCCAGCGAUAUGAAGGAAGAGGAACUCCCGGAUCACCUUCAACCUGGAGUUGAAUUCACUUUCCGCGUCACCGUUCUCCAGGCGAUGGGCAUCUCUACCGAGUAUGCAGAUAUAUUCUGUCAGUUCAACUUCCUACAUCGUCAUGACGAGGCAUUCUCAACGGAGCCGGUUAAAAACACCGGCAAGGGAAACCCGCCUGGUUUUUAUCAUGUACAAAAUAUAACUGUCACUGUCACCAAAUCAUUUUUGGAUUAUUUGAAGACUCAGCCAAUUGUUUUUGAAGUUUUCGGACACUAUCAGCAGCACCCGUUACACAAAGACGCUAAAUUAGACUACGUUCGACAGCCACCAAAACGAAUGCUACCACCAUCAAUACCCAUAAGCCAACCGGUACGUUCCCCGAAAUUCGGUUCAGUAUUACCAUCACCCAGUACAUCCCACAUUCACGCAAAGUAUGACGUUCUCGUGUGGUUCGAAAUAUGCGAACUGGCGCCUAACGGCGAGUACGUGCCCCUUGUAGUAGACCACAGUGACGAUUUACCCUGCCGCGGUGUGUUCCUUCUGCACCAAGGAAUACAGCGACGCAUUCGCAUCACAAUCGUUCAUGAACACGCCCAGGAAUUGCGCUGGAAAGAUGUUCGCGAAUUGGUCGUCGGGCGCAUACGUAACACUCCCGAACCCGAAGAAGAGGAUAACGACUCAUCAGUAUUAUCACUUGGACUAUUCCCGGGCGAGUAUUUAGAAAUACCUGGAGAUGAUCGAUGCAUGUUCCGUUUUGAAGCAGCCUGGGACAGUUCCCUUCACAAUUCGAACCUUCUUAACCGCGUAACAUCUUACGGCGAGCAAAUAUUCAUGACUAUUUCUGCGUACUUGGAACUUGAAAACUGCGGAAGACCGGCUAUUAUUACUAAAGAUCUGAGCAUGAUUAUUUACGGCAGAGAUGCGCGGGUCGGACCACGGUCACUAAAACAUCUCUUUAGCGGUAGCUAUCGUAACCAGGAGGCCAAUCGUUUGAGCGGCGUCUACGAAUUGGUUUUACGGCGGUCAUCUGAAGCUGGCGUACAGCGACGCCAGCGGCGGGUUCUUGACACCAGCUCGACUUACGUCCGCGGAGAGGAAAAUCUUCAUGGAUGGCGGCCACGUGGCGACAGUUUGAUCUUCGAUCACCAAUGGGAGUUGGAAAAAUUGACCCGUCUUGAGGAGGUGGAGAAAAUUCGGCAUACUUUACUGCUGAGGGAGAAGUUGGGCAUCGACAAGAUGCCGAUUUGUAAUAAAACUCAGUGUGACUUCACUAAGAGCGAGAAGGAAGUCUGCAAUAUGGUGGCAAAGGCAACCAACGAACCACACGCUAGCCCAGUUAAAUUAAAAAAAUCAACGAGCAAAGAUGUCUAUGAGCCAUGGGAAAUGACUGAACGUGAGAAAGAGAUAGCUAGCAAGUACGUUAAGUUAAUUCAAGGCAGAAUUCCGAGCAAGGAACCAAUCGUACUGAGUGAUGUGUCACCUGGAGACGACACUGCGACUGAUAUGUCAGCAUCAAUGAUGUCAUCAGUAAUAUCCUCAUCAUCUCAAGAGUCAGUAACACAUUUGUCUACUACUAAUAGCUCUGACAUACAGCCAGCUGGGAUUAUUGUUCGUCGUUCUAAGUCGUGCAUCUUUAGGUUGACUUCACCCGAGCGAGCGCGACUCCAUGAGCUACAGGAAAGUAUGAUGGCUGGAGAUUCAAGUCAAUCAUCACUAGCACCAGCUCCGCUUGGUUCAACUUCACCCUUGAAAGAAAAUCUAGUUCUCUAUGUACCGGAAGUCGAAGAGAUUCGCAUUAGUCCGGUAAUUGCCCGCAAGGGAUAUCUCAAUGUUUUGGAGCACAAAACCAACGGCUGGAAAAAACGAUGGGUGGCCGUACGUAGACCGUACGUUUUUAUAUUCAGAGAAGAAAAAGACCCAGUCGAGCGGGCAUUGAUUAAUUUAGCCACUGCACAAGUUGAAUACUCUGAAGAUCAACUCGCUAUGGUUAAAGUACCAAAUACAUUUAGCGUCGUCACAAAACAUCAUGGAUAUUUACUUCAAACAUUAGGCGACAAAGAAGUGUACGACUGGUUGUAUGCAAUAAAUCCAUUAUUAGCUGGACAAAUAAGGUCUAAAUUAGCACGAAAAUUACCCAUAACCAAUCCCCCAAUAAAUUUAUCAACCUCAUUAAUAACCUCAUCUCUAACCUCAACAACAACAACAACAACAACAGCACCUAUUUCAGCGUCAACGGAUAAUCAAGGACAUACUAAUAAUAAGUGAGUCACGGAUAUUAUUAAUCAGUACUUACAAAUGGUCACUAAUAAAUCCAAGGAUUUAAUAAAUAAACGUUCGAAAAUUUUUUUUAUCCAACCUGACGAUUGUAGAUUUCGACUAACAGUUUUUUUUGAAUAAUUCAAUAUUUAUAUUAUUUUGAAUUUUAUUUUUUAUUAAAAAAUAAUAAAAAUUCUCCGAACGUUUUGGAAAAAACGUUUUUUUACGGAAGAGUUUUAUUAUUA